UUGUCAUUGCGCCUGCUUGCAAAAUAAUUCCACCGUUGAACCGACUUUGUUGGGUGCUACUUUUCUAGCUUUUAUAAUCACUUGCAUUACUUAGUACUGUAUAGCACAAACUGCCAACUGAGACUCAGGGACUCCAUCUUCCUGCGUAUUACUGGGCGAAGAGGUCAAUUUUCAUGUAGGUGAUUAUCGAGCGGUUUGCGCAAACGGGACCGGAACUGGCAGACCCGUUACAUUCCAGUCUUUAUUUGUUGUUUAUAUAGACUACCAGCAGUAGCGUGAACCACAUUAGUCUGACUUCUGCGCUUCCUGCGGCUGCGGCGGGGUGGAUUGAUUAGUGGUUAAUUCCAGAUAAUUUUAUCGUUUCGUUUGUAUUUUGGAUUUCUUUUUUUAUUUUUGACUGUGGGCUGUGGAGUUCCAGCAAAAUGAUAAUCAAAGAAUAUCGUAUCAUUUUGCCUAUGACGGUGGAAGAGUAUCAGGUUGCCCAACUUUAUUCGGUAGCUGAGGCCUCCAAAAAUGAAACUGGCGGUGGGGAAGGGAUCGAAAUUCUCAAAAACGAGCCGUACGACAAUUUUCAGCUCUUGGAGGGACAGCCGACGCACGGUCAAUAUACUCACAAAGUUUAUUACCUUCAGAGCAAAGUGCCGGCAUGGGUUCGUGCGUUAGCGCCGAAGGGAUCGUUGGAGUUUCACGAAAAAGCCUGGAAUGCGUAUCCUUACUGUCGCACGGAAUUUUCCAACCCAGAGUAUAUGAAAGAAAACUUCUAUUUGACGCUGGAGUCUCUUCACGUGGCUGAUCGAGGCGAUUCGGACAAUGUCCACAAAUUAUCCCCUGAAAAAUUGAAAAAACGGGAGGUGAUUAUUAUUGAUAUCGCGAACGACCCGGUGGAUGCAAAGGAAUAUAAACCGGAAUUCGACCCACGAAAGUUCCAUUCCGAAAAGGCUGACCGUGGACCUCUUGGCGGUAACUGGAGGCAACACGUUAAGCCGGUGAUGUGCUGCUAUAAGCUGGUGACGAUUGAAUUUAAAUGGUUCGGUCUGCAGAAUAAAGUGGAAUCCUGGGCGCACAAGGCUGAGCGAAAACUGUUUCUCAACUUCCAUCGCCAGGUGUUUUGUUGGAUGGAUCAGUGGUAUGGACUGACGAUGGACGACAUCCGGCGCAUUGAGGACGAAACCAAAGCAGAUCUUGACCGACAGCGCCAUGAGGGUGAAGUGCGAACUCAGUAUGCAGCCGGGGAUGAGUGAAGGGUGGGAAAACUGGGAUAUAUGUACGUCGGUUUUGUUUCUUGUGUAUCGGAUUUUGUCGGUGAGCAUUUGGCAGUCAGUCCUUUGCGUUCCUGGGCGCAUGAUGAAAGUGUUUAAUAUAUGAUGAUCGGCAGUGCAUUGGCGUAAAGAUAAUAUGUUAAUGCGGUGCUGUUUUCAUGUUGUCGGUUGUUUAUUUUGACUCCCAAAAGUCGUUCUGAGUUUAAUCGUUUUUUGGUUUGUUUUAUUGCUUUACCGUGUUCUGAAUGUUUUCGUAAUAUGACGAAGCUUUCUUGUCAAGUGGGCGCUCGAAAUGUACGAUGUAUGUGGCGUUUUGAAUGGUGAUAUCGCGGCAUAUUAAACUCACUAUGCUCAUA